AUGACCAGUCCGUGGUUCUACCAGGACGACAGCUACCACGUGCCCUACUUAUACAACAGAAUGGAGUAUACACCGGGACUAGAGAGCUUUAUCGACCCCAAUUUGCAAAGUUUUACAACACCAUCACCCCACCCGACCACCAUGGAUCAACACCAUUUGAUGCAACUCCAACUCAAGGAAGGACAAAAGACGAUGUUCUUCAACUCCGACAUCCCACAACAGGCUACCUUCAUGCCUCCCACGUUGGGUGUCAUGAAUAUAUUCCAUGUCCGCUGCAUCAGUCCUUUUUCGGCCUUCGAGACUUCAGAAGCGUCCGGAAGUGCACAGAGCCCACCCGCAGACACCAACACCGAACCGCCUGCAUACUACGAAGCCCGAUCGCCCCUACAAGAGCCUUUGCACCUUGAAGAUUUCGGCUUCUCCCAGAACCACCCUAUCCAAUUCGCCGGCAUAGGCAAAGGUCUGGGCAACGGCUUCUCCGUGAACCCUAUGGACGUCAACUCAACAGGGCAGUUGGACGGCUAUGACAGCGAGACCAGCACUUUUGAAUUCACUCUGCCUCAGCGGGUCGACAGCUGGGAUAGUUACACGACUGGUGGGGUGUCCGGGUGUGACAUGGAGCAGAUUCAGCAGCAGCAGCAGCACAACUCUCCUAUAGUUGACUGCACCAAGCCUAUCAACCACUACCCACCUGCGUCUCAGGAGAAGAUCGAGGAGCCAUCUCUAGUCAUCCUUCCACGUGCAACCAACCUGAAGCGAACGAGGCAGGCCGAUGCCGACGCCGAGGAACACCUCCCAACGACCAAACGAACCGCCGCAGUUUUCAGCCGAUCAACAUCCACCAAAACCAAAACAACCGCCCCCCGUCGCGGCCGCCCCCCAACCUCCCAUUUCCCCUUGACCACCCACCGCCCUCACCAACACCAACCCACCCGCACCCUACCCUCAACAGCCACCAAAGCCCUCACUCCCAACUCCUCUAGAGGUAAUCUCCCCUGCCCCCACCCGCCCUGCCAUCAAUCAUCCCAUGGCUUCAAGGACCAACCCUCUCUAGACGCGCAUAUCAAGAAACAGCACUCACGCCCGUUCAUCUGCGUCUUCAGCUUUGCCGGUUGCGACUCCACUUUUGGCAGCAAGAACGAGUGGAAGCGACAUGUGGCCAGCCAGCACCUGGUGCUAGAGUACUGGCUUUGUCAAGAGGGGGAGUGUGCCAACGUCGAUAACAACAUCCCUUCUUCUGUGGCAGCGAUUUCUGGAGGUAGUGGAUCAAGAUCAGGAAAGAGGAGAAAACCAGUACAAACCAUAAUCGACGAGAACAACGACGAAGAAGGAGAUCUCCCCCUCCUCCCCAACGGCGCCAUCUUCAACCGCAAAGAUCUCUACACCCAACACGUCCGUCGCAUGCACUUGCCUUCCCACCUUACCCCCUUUUUACGAAAAGAAUCUUCUCCUACAUCUACAUCUACAUCAAACGACACCACCGCCGCCGCCACCACCCAACAAGAACUCAACAUCUACAUCGCCACCUUACAAUCCCGCGCCCAAAUUAAGCGCUGUGCCCUGCCCACCUACAUGCGUUGUCCAGUUCCCAGCUGUCCACAGCCCCCCUUCAAGGGCACGGAAGCAUGGGACCAGCGCAUGGAACAUGUCGCUAAGCAUUUGGAGAGCUAUGCUGCUGCCGUCACUGCCACUGCUGCUACUGCUGCUGCCGUCACUGCUGUCACUACUACUUCCGGUACAAGAACUGGAUCGGAAGUGGAAGUGGACUCGUCGUCAGUAGCGGAACAACAAGACAAAGACAACGACAAGGUGGAAUUCGGCAGCGAAAGCGAUACUACUUUGACGGAGUGGGCUGCUAGUAGGGAGGUGGGCAUCAUUAAGCGUGUCAUCAGGACUGGGUCUACUGGGACUGGAACGGGGAAAGCAGAAGGAGGAGGAUGGAGAUGGGUGACGAGGGACCCGAUUAAGAGGAGAGGACAUGGUGGGAAUGGAACUGGAACUGGAAGUGGAAGUGCCGUUUCUGGUGGGUACGGCGGCGGAGUGGGUAGGGGCAAGGGAGGACGGACGAAGGUGGUGAAGACGAAGGGAACGGCGAAGGUGACGACAACGGAGGCGAACAUGAAGAGGGAACGAGAGGUAGAAGAGGAGACAAUUGUGGUUCACACUCAGACUCAGAAUCACCAGUCGUUUGAGUUUGAGGAGGAGGAUGAAUGACUCGUAAUGAUAAUAAAAGGAAAGGUGGCAGACAGGACGUUACUGCCUUCUCUUUUGUUAUUAUUGUUGUUGUUGUUGUUGUUGGAUUUUGUGCAGGAGGGUUGUUGGGUUCGAAUCCAUUUAGGAUCAGGAACCGGCUUAUGGGAAGAAUUGUUAAUACGUUUACUUGGACUGAGGAUUUGUUGGUGGAGUUGGAUACUAUUCCUUCUGAUGAUGAUUGAUGAUAAUACCAUGCUUAUUAGAUCCAGAUACUCUUUACAGCUCUUUCCUUUGUUAUUUUGAUUGUUUGUUAUUUAGUCAAUCAAUACCAAUCUGCGUUUUGUCUACUUU